AUCGAUGAUGGAAAUCAUAUUAAAAGCAAACAAUAUUUUAUUUUUAUGUUUUCAAGUAAGUUCUUUUUUCUUUUCAUUCAUUAAAUAAUUUAUUUCUCUUAUUCAGUAAAAAGUCGUCAAUAUCUUAACGAUCAAUUAUUGAUAUAGAUUAUAAUGAUGAUCAAGCUUUUCCUCAACGAAUAUCUCAACAACUUCUUCUCAAAAGAACUAUUAGUUAUACAUAUUUAGCAAUCUUUGUUUUUCUUAAUCGUCAACAAUUACAAGAACAAAUUAAUGCUUUUCUUACUAAAAAAGCAUUACCAGAUCUCACAAUCAUCACUGGACAAGGUCCACCAUGGUGGUCUAUGGAUAGACAAUCAUAUGAAAGUGAACCUUUAUUUAAUAAAUAG